GCUCUGCCCUGCGCUCAGCCAGCCCGGCGGAGCCCGCACGGCCCCACCCAAACACCCCGAGAUGGGACAGGACAAUUGCAAACCCCAGCCCGGGGACCUGAUCGUGAUUGAUCAGGAAUUUCACCAGCACUGGGCCCUCUACGUGGGGGAUGAAUAUGUCAUCCACCUGACAGACGAAAGACCCCCAUUCAUUUUCACUAGAAGCUCAUUACAUGCCACAAGAGCCAGGGUGAAGAAGCAGCUCCUGAGGGAAGUGGUGAAAAAUCAUAAAUGGCGUGUCAACAACAAGUAUGACCACUACUGCUAUCCUCGCCCCGAGCGGCUGAUCAUUCGGCGUGCUGAGCAAUUGGUUGGCAAGGAGGUGCCAUAUAAUAUGUUAAGCAAAAACUGA